CUCGGCCCACUGCAACCUCCGACUCCUGAACUCAGGUCAUCUUCCCACCCCAGCAUCCCGACAAGCUGGGACUACAGGUGUGUACCACCGUCCCCAGGUAAUUUUUUUUAUGAGGAUCACUUCUUAAGCGUCACCCAUGGACAGGAUUUCCAUCACCAGGCAGUGUUAGAUACAGUUCCAGCCUUCCUCGGCCACUUUUGUCUAAUGGGAUAGUGAGCCCAGUUCGUGCCCUCACAAGUCUCCAAAGCCUUCACAUGCUGCAUAACGUUUUGUUCUUCCUUUAUAGCUGCAGCUAUCACCUCCACCUCCUCUGGGAAGCCUUCCCUGAACUUCCACUGGGUCAGUGGCCUCUUCUGGGACCCAGGGCUGCCGUCGCUUUCCCACCAGCAAGACUGUGAGACCCUCAAUGUCGUCUGCACCUCAAACGCACCCUCCUAACAGUGCAUACGGUCAACAGGAUUAUUCACUCACUGUACAAUUCAUGCAGUCUAUUCUCUAUGGUGGACUCUGUGUUAGGCACUAAGGAUUUCGUGGUGAACAAGACCAAGAUGUGGACUCUUUCCUACUGGAGCUCACAAUCUGAUUGGGAAGAUAGAAAGCUAACAACAAUGAUGUCCAGCAAGGUGACCAUCAGUGGUGACACUGGGCAGGCCUGCCAGGCAGUGGAGCAGCUCCGGAUAAAGGUGGGCAUCGACCGAGUGAAGGUGAGGGUCGGGGCCAGUGCAGAGUGGGAAGAGGUGGAAACACAUGGGCCAGGGGACAGGUACAUGCCCGUGUCUGAUCUGACUGACCCAGUUGGUCUGCAGGUGUCCAAGGUGGCCGCCGAUCUGCUGCAGUUCUGCACAGAGCAGGCCAAGAGCAACCCCUUCCUUGUAGGCAUCCCAGCCGCCACGAACCCCUUCAAGGAGAAGAAGCCCUGUGCCAUCCUAUGAACCCAGGACAAUGCCACCCUGUGGCCUGGGCAAACCAGGGGACCUCAAUAAACAUGAAGUGAAUAAUUCUCA